AUGUCUAACAACACUACAUCCAUCAACGCGAUUCAGUACAAGCCAGGUCGCGAUCGUCCGACUGGCUAUGUAGUCAACGAUUUCGAGUCGUUUGCGGACACUAGCUUAGUGACCUAUUGGCGUACCUACAAGAGAAAAGUCGCCAACUACAAUCACGAUACCGACGUUGCCACCGUUGUCAACGUCAGCAAUGCAAUUGACCUGAUUGAGAACAACGAAAACGCCAUGGAUCAGAUCAUCUGGGGUAUGACCCACCCAGAGGACGUUCAUCCCGGCGUUGCAUCCAUUGUCGGCAACACUGCCCUCGUCGACCUGCUCCUAGUUCGUCACUACAAGAAGUGGGGCGGCCUCAUUCUUCCUCCCCUUCAAGCAGCGCGAGGACUACAAGAUGCUCACGAGGUCGUUGCCAAGCAGGAGAACGAUCAAGGACUGCAGUGGAAUGGUGGCCGCUCCUUGAUGAAGUACCCGAACUGGUAG